AGCGUUGCGGGGGAAGUUGGUGGCCGGAGGCGGAACCUAAAUGUGCUUCCUGGCUGUCACCUAAUUAUGGCGGCCGCUUGUUCUGGCACUGCAGUCCCCGUGUGGCUGAGCGAGGACGACCUGAGCUGCAUUAUCUGCCAAGGGCUGCUGGACUGGCCCACCACCCUGCCCUGCGGCCACAGUUUCUGUUUCCAGUGCCUCAAAGACCUGUGGGUCACGAAGCGCGCGGGCGUGGAUGGCUGCCCUUGGGCUUGCCCCAUAUGCAGGAAGGGCCCCUCGGCGAAGCCCAUGCUGCAUAAGAACCCGCUGCUGCAAGACCUGGUGGACAAGUACCGCCAAGCGGCGCUGGAGCUCGAGGCUGGCCCCGAACCCGAACCUGAACCCGCCCCCGCUCCCCGUUCUCUAUGUCGACCCACCCCACCCCAGGAGACAGUACGGAAAAGCAACACAAAAGUUAUCCAGGAGCUGACUGAACUGGUGGGACAGCUUGUAGACAUCACCAAGAGCCUUCAAACGCAAAGACCUGGCUUGGAAUCUGGACUGGACAAUGCACUAGGCAUCCUGUACACGGAUUCUUCCUCUGAGGAGGAAUAUUCCUUGGAUUCUCCAAGGCUGGUGACUUUCAGUGCAUCUCAGAAGAAAAUCCGGGCGAUUCUCCAUAACCUAGAAGAAAUCCGGGAAAACCUGCAUGGGAUGCAUGGGGGUGUCCCACGGCAAGAAACCCGGCAAGAAACCUCUGGAGCACAAGUCCAGGAAAUGUCAUCUCCCUUAUGCCUGCUGCCUGACCAGAGGUGUCCUGUACCCAGGAAGGCUUCUCACUUUUCUCUAUGGGCCAUCAGUCCAACCUUUGACCUGGAGACUAUCUCCUGUAUCUUGGAGGUUUCCAACAAUUGCCGGACAGUGACUGUGUCUCGUGGUCUACACUACUAUCCUCCAAGUCCGGGGAGAUUUUCAAUUAGCCAGGUCUUGUGUUCUCAGUCCUUCUCUUCUGGGCAGAAGUACUGGGAAGUGGACACCAGGCACUGCAGCCACUGGGCUGUUGGGGUGGCUUCUUGGGGCAUGAAGCGGGACCAGAUGCUGGGACGCACUAUGGACUCUUGGUGUAUAGAGUGGAAAGGACCUGGCCAGUUCUCUGCUUGGGCCAUGAUGAAGAAAACAGACUUGCACUUGGGCCUCCCUGAGGUUGUGGGCGUGUGGCUGGACCUCGAGCUGGGGAAGCUUGCCUUCUACUCAGUGGCUGAUCAGGAGAGGCUCCUGUAUGAGUGUGAGGUCUCCAGCUCCUCUCCUCUGCAUCCUGCCUUCUGGCUGUAUGGCUUAAAACCUGGAAACUACCUGGAAAUAAAGCAACUUAACACAUGACGCUUCCCCCGUGGUUAGGGCAAUAGCUUCUUAGCCUCUUUGUUUACGGGCAACUGGAAAAUUCCACUUAGGGAGACUGGAUAUGGUAGUACAUACCUAUAACUCCAGUACUUGGAAAGUGGAGGCAGGAGGAUCACUGCAAGUUUGAGGCCAGCAUGGUCAAUAAAGAGAGUUCAAGGCCAGCUUGGGUUAAUAUGACUGCCCAAUUUUAAAGUUAUUCUUUUUUGGGUGGAACAGAAUUAACUAAACAGGUUUGAGUUCUUUAAACCUUGGUCA